AUGGUGACACCCAAAAUCAUGUAUCGAGUCAAUGUUGAUGUUGAUAAUAACAAUGAUAUCGUUAUUGAUGAUCCUGUUGCUCAUGAAGUUGUGGACGAACAAAAUAUUCCGAUUUGGAGGUCCACAAGACAACGGUUUCCUUCCUCCCGUUAUUCACCCAAUGAGUAUGUUUUACUCACUGACGGGGGAGAACCUGAAUGUUAUGAGGAGGCCAUGGAAGAUGAGCACAAGGAUCAAUGGAUUGAAGCCAUGCAAUAUGAGAUGAAGUCUCUGUAUGAGAACCACACUUAUGAGUUGGCUAAACUGCCUAAGGGCAUGAGAGAGUUGGCGUUGUCAGCAGAUUUCUCGAAAAUUCGGGAAAAGAUUAUUGGAAGUUGUGAAGUGGAUACUCAGUUGAAGUUGCAGAAGUGUGUUAAACUAUCUACAACUGAAGCUGAGUAUAUUGCGGCUACUGAAGCCGGCAAGGAGAUGAUAUUGCUCAAGCGAUUUCUUCAAGAUCUUGGUUUGAAUCAGAUGGAGUAUAUUGUCUAUUGUGACACCCAAAGUUUAAUAGACUUAAGUAAGAACUCCAAGUACCAUGCAAGAACAAAACAUAUUGACAUCAGAUAUCAUUGGAUUCGUGAGAAAGUGGAGAGUAAUUUAUUUCACGUCAAAAAGAUCCACACAAGUGAAAAUCCUGUAGAUAUGUUGACCAAGAAGAUACCGAAAGACAAGUUCAAGUUAUGCAAAGAGCUUGUGGGUAUGAGCUCUCUCUAA